AUGUCGUUGUUUGCCAUUCAAGCUGCUGCAGACAAGUAUGUUGCUGAUAUGAUCCAGGCGGGUAUUAAACAAGACCCCCGCCUUCAAUUCCAGUGGUGGUUUCCAUUAGUUGAGAGUAUAUCAGCGGUUGAGUUCCAUCAAAACCAAGAUUGGUUUAUAAAAGUAGAUAAGGACAAAUCAGGCACAUUAGACGCAAAAGAAAUCAUCAAAGCAAAAUUCCCAGGUGACAUUAAAGUCGACCAAACCACUGUUAAUCGAUUGAUGAGGAUCUUUGAUGUCGACUUCUCGGGAUCAAUAGGCUUCUUCGAGUUCUUAGCCCUUUACAACUUUGUGAAGCUUUGCCUCGACACAUUCAAAAACUUCGACAAGGAUAAAGGAGGAUCCCUUGAUGCAAAGGAAUUAACACAAGCACUUCCAGCACUCGGGUUUAAUUGCAGCAAGAGGUCGAUAGAUAUACUCAUCAAACUUAACUCAGCGCUUGGGAAGAAAAUUUCUAAAAACCAAUUUGUUGCGGUAGCAGCUUAUUUGGGUCAAUGCAGAUCAAUUUACCAGAGAACUUUCGAUAUGAAGAGAAACGAAAUUGACAACAGGGAGUUCGACAAGUUCGUCAAUUUGGUUCUCUCUCUGGUCGAAUAA